GGCUAGGGAUGGGACAAUGCGGUGUUGGUGUCUGCAGUAUUCCGAGUCCUGGACACCGGUAGCUGCAAGCUGCGAUUUUGGCGUCCUCUCAUUUCCUAUCCCUAUCUCCGUCCGCGGCUGGCUUGGCCAGCCAGCUUUUGAUUUUUUAUCUGGUCAUUGAUCAAUACAACGAACCUAAGGAAAUACAGGAAAUUAAUACCCCACUGCCAGCUCUGGCUCAGGGCUUGUACCGCGCAGCGGGCUGCAGAAACUUAGUCAUAGCACCCUUUGUCGCUGAGGUCUGAAGCUCGCUGCACGUUCUCAUCCCUGGGAACGUGACCCCAGCAUCCGACGCCAAGAUGCCGGCCCAUAUACUGCAAGAGAUCUCUGGUUCUUACUCAACCACCACCACAAUCACAGCGCCACCUUCUGGGGGACAGCAGAAUGGCGGAGAGAAGUUUGAAAACAAUCCUCACCACUGGGGAGCAGAUGUUCGCCCUGAAAUAAAAGAUGAUCUGUAUGAUCCCAGCUACCAGGAUGAGGAGGGGCCCCCGCCCAAGCUGGAGUACGUCUGGAGGAACAUCAUCCUCAUGGCCCUGCUGCACGUGGGAGCCCUGUACGGGAUCACACUGGUUCCCUCCUGCAAGGUCUACACCUGCCUCUUUGCGUAUUUGUACUAUGUAAUCAGCGCCCUGGGCAUUACGGCCGGAGCUCAUCGCCUGUGGAGCCACAGAACUUACAAGGCGCGGCUGCCCCUGCGGCUCUUCCUCAUUGUUGCCAACACCAUGGCGUUUCAGAAUGACGUGUAUGAAUGGGCCCGAGACCACCGCGCCCACCACAAGUUCUCAGAAACACACGCUGACCCUCACAAUUCUCGCCGGGGCUUUUUCUUCUCUCACGUGGGCUGGCUGCUUGUGCGCAAACACCCGGCUGUCAAAGAGAAGGGUGGAAAACUGGACAUGUCUGACCUAAAAGCUGAGAAGCUGGUGAUGUUCCAGAGGAGGUACUACAAGCCCGGCCUCCUUCUGAUGUGCUUCAUCCUGCCCACGCUGGUGCCCUGGUACUGCUGGGGGGAAACGUUUGUAAACAGCUUGUGCGUUAGCACCUUCCUGCGGUACGCUGUGGUGCUCAACGCUACCUGGCUGGUGAACAGCGCCGCCCACCUCUACGGAUACCGUCCUUAUGACAAGAACAUUAGCUCUCGGGAGAACAUCUUGGUUUCCAUGGGAGCUGUGGGCGAGGGCUUCCACAACUACCAUCACGCCUUCCCCUACGACUACUCUGCCAGUGAGUACCGCUGGCACAUCAACUUCACCACGUUCUUCAUCGACUGCAUGGCUGCCCUCGGCCUGGCUUAUGACCGGAAGAGAGUGUCCAAGACCGCUGUCUUAGCCAGGAUUAAGAGAACUGGAGACGGAAGCUGCAAGAGUGGCUGAGUGUGGGGUCUUCCAGUUCAUUCCAGAAGCCAGCUUGGCAGAGGCUUACUGUUCUGUUAAUUAACUACUGAGUAUUGCUACCCAGAUGCUAAAAUGAUGACGUUAACCCAUUCUGGUACAGUAUUGUAAAACGGACAAAUAUUGGAAGUCAACAGCUCUUCCUCUCGACGCUAAGCUGAUCUCCCCUUCUGUUCUCUUUUCCCGUCGUUCUUUCUCUUUGCUUUGUCCCUGGUGACAUCGUUCUCAUCGCCUCCCCCAAGCCAGCAGCCACUCAGCUGUAGGGCAGUGUUCGCCUUCCAGAGUAUGCCAACUUUUCAAGGGUCUACAGUAAAGGUUCACGCCCCACCCCCAACUCUUCUUAAGCUGCUCUGAGUUAGAGAUACAAGAAAAAUCUUGAGAGAUUUCUCCUGUUAUUUUUAGCCCAGGCUUUGCCAGACGGAAUAGGAAAAAAAAAGUUUUAUUUGGCAGAGAGCUUGUAGAGCAGGUAAAUCUUAAGAGGCCAAAUUCAACAUGCAGGCUGUGAUCCAUCAGUGCUGGGGGAGAGGGGGUCUCUUGUGAGCGGGCUCGGCUCUGUCUGGCAGAGGUACGGGAGCCUUUCAGCACAGUGUGCCUCCUCUCCUAAUUCUGAGUAGGUGACAACUACGGAACUUUGUGACACUAAAAUACGGUAACACAUCAAAUCUCAGUGUAGUUUAGGCUAAGGAUUUAAAAGAAUAAUAGUAAACUGAAAAAUAAUUUGUAGGAAAAGUGGUCUUUACUAAAAUAAAGAUUUUCUUUUCCUUUAAUAACAAGGACCUGGGGCCAGGCGUGGUGGCAUGCGCCUUAAAUCACAGGCCCUUGAGAGGCAGAAGCAGGUGGGUUCAAAGCCAGCCAGGGCUAGAUAGUGAGACCUUGUCUCAAAUAAAAAGAAAAAAAACAACAAUUAACAGGACGUGCAGAGCAAGGGGCCCUCGAGUGAGGCGUGUUUGGAAUCCAUGAGGGCAGUCGCUCAUGGGAUGUGUGUGUCCUGUGAGCUGCACCCCCAGAUUCUUUUAAUUCCUGUUCUUCCACCUCUGAGAUGCUGGUCGCUCUCAAAAAUUAAGGAUAGCUGUGGGGCUUCCAUACAUCUAACAGUGGAAGAAUUUUAAGAGUUGAGCUUGAGUCACAGUUAAAACUGAAAAACACAAAGUCUGUCCUGGAUCCUAUAAACACUCAACGAGUGUUCUCUGAAAAAGAUGCUAAACGCCGCCUUCCUCCCACUGUUGGGCCGCAGACAGGGAAACUGGAAGUAGCUGUAGGCAGCGUCAACGCUUCUGGGGGCACCUUGCCAGGGGACUUCACGGCUUUGGGGUACUCUAGGGAAGCAGGUUAGGUUUUUAGCUCCCUUCAGUCCCACUGCUGUUUGUGGUAAGGCGUUCUGCAAUAUGGACUCAUGGCUCACCUGCUCUGUGACUAGGUAGGACUCUGGGAUCAUGGCUGACAUCUCUUAGCCCUGCCACAUCUGCCUCUCUUCCCCUCCCAUUUUUUUUUUUUGUUUUGGGGUGAUUUUUUGUUUGUUUGUUUGUUUUGUUUGUUUUGGUUUUUGGUAUUUCUUUUUUCUUCUUUUUUCCCUUUUUGACAUUUAGUCUCCCCCUAGGCAGAAACAUCCUGGAUAUUUACAGGCAGUAAAGAUGUGGGGUCCCAGCAGCUUUCUCAUGCAGAGAUGCAACCUCUAUCUGUAGUAGGUAGAGAAGGCUAUCUCUUUCCGGUGGCUUUCAGAUUCUCCACUUCUCUUCCUCCCAGGCUUCUGACACUCUUUAAACUUGAAAGGAAAAGUUUGGCCAACUUUCUAGAAACAUCCCUGGCUCAGAGAGGCUCUUUGUCUCCUCAGUCAUUCCGGUCCGGUGGCGUAGAUGUUGGCGCAAGACAUGCUUCCUGUGAGUUGGCAGAGCAUGCUCCCUGCACUCAGCAAAGCUCCUCGGGCUAAUCAGUCCUCCUGGAUGAUGCUGUGGUGCUUAUAGAAGGAAGACAGUGUUGGCUAAGUGGAAAGCACACCAGUGAUGGUUGUGUUCUUAAGUGCCUCAGUUUGAAAGCUUUGGUUAGAGGAGAUCUGAGAUGCCAUGAACUUUGCUUCAAAGGUUUUGCACAGCAGAGAAGUAGCCUGGCUAUAUUAAGAUCGGCUGUGCAGCAUACCAAAUGCCAUGGUUGGAGGGAACAGUCUUCUCCCGUUAGUUGAAUAGAGAGAGGCUUUAGAACCUCUGUGUGUCCCCUUGAAAGUAGCCUUAUCCUUCAGCUGUUCACUGAAAUAGAAUUCUUGGGAGAUCAUAUUUGCUGACCUGUGGCCCUAUUCCUUGGAAAUGCCUUUUGAAUGAUUUUAGUUCCACUGGUUACCCGGUGCCCAAUUAAAUCAGAUGUGAAAAAUAAAAGCAGCUCUCUUAGCCUGCCCAGUGGAUCUGAACCGUGCCGUGGCUGAGGACCCCAUUAAAUACGUCUGUCGGUAAGGGUGUACCAGCUCACUAAGAAACACUACUAUCAAGAUUUUAAAGCUCAAACCAAGUGACACGUUAAUAAGAGACUAAGAUCUGAUUGAGUGAGUUUUCUAACAGUCCUUGCCUCGUGGACACGCUAAAAUCCGACUUGGGUGCCUUACCUCUUUUCUAACCAAUGUUGUUCAUGAGCCUGUGCUCUCUUCCUCUUUGGAUCCCUUAAAACCGGAGAGCCUGCAAGUGUGGCAGGAUCGAAAAGGCCCGGCUGGAGGGUUAGCUGGACAUUGAUCUGCAGUAUUGCCUCUGGGGGGGUCUUCACUUGGGGAACUUUUCUUAGGGCUGUUUUGAUGAAGUGCCCGUAGCUGAUGGAUAGGGGAAGUAAUUCUGAACGUACGCGAUUUGUAGGUUUUUGCUAUUUGUUUUAAGAUUUUAAAGCCGGUUGUAGCAUUUAAAGUGAAAGCUUUUCUUCCUGGUUUGCUAGUGUUCUGAGUGUCUUCUUUAGUUGAAAUAGGUUAGUAGGAAAGUUAAGAAAGCGGUGGCCGUGUAACGCUGGUGGUGAAGGCCAGGGCCGGCUACCAACUCUCAGUUUUUUGUAACAGUCCCACUCUGACAAUAAUGAGUUCACUCCUUGGAGGAGGAUGUUAAUGAGGGAAGAGCCCUCCCCGCCUAAUCAGCUCUUAUGGGACCCAGCUGUCAACACUGUUGCAUUGGGGAUUAAGUUUCCAACCCAUGACUUACGGGACAGACUCAAACCGUAGCACUUGGCAUGUUGCCAAACAAUAAUGUGACUCAGUACUCUGUGAAACUGGGAUAAUAAUAUUCCUGACCUACCUCCGUGGGUAGGUGUGAGCAUGAGGAAAUGCUCUUUAUAAAACACUUGGGAUCCUCAGCAGAGGAGUAUUUAAGUCCUGCACAUUUUUAUAGUAACUGUCCACCAUGGACUUGACAUGUGCCUAUGUCCCAGAUGACAUUGUUAAUUGACAUCAUUCUUCUCAGAGGUUGAAUGGAUAAUGUGAGAUACCGUAUACUCACUGCUAUGAAAACAUGCAGGACUCCAUUUCCUUCCUUGGGUGGGAUUUUUCCUUUAUUAUGUGCAACAGUAGUUAUUUGUAAUCUAAUAAUUUUCAUUAAUACCAACUCUGAAAGAAUUUCUACUCAUCUGAGAUUGUGUUUGUUCAUAAUAAAACGAAAUGGAUCUGACUGCAAAA